AUGCCUUCUGAAAGGACCUCCCUUCUCUACAUUUUGCAUCUUCAGAAAGAGACAGAUCAUGUGGUGCUCACCAACCUGCAAGAAGGGACUUACAUCUUCCAGCUGACUGUGACGGAUACUUCUGGACAGAAGGGCUCUACCAACAUCACCGUCACUGUGCUAAAUGCUGAGCAGACUGUAGAGCACUGCUUGGCUCCUUAUAAGGUGGGACGUUGCCGGGCUAGCUUUCCUCGCUGGUACUACAAUCCAGAAACUCAGCAGUGUCAGGAAUUCACCUUUGGGGGUUGCAAACCCAACAAGAACAAUUACAUACGAGAAGAAGAAUGUAAACUUGCCUGCAAGAAUGUCCAAGGUGCUGUUGAAAAGCGAAAUGAGCCAGUGUGCAAUGAAAACUGCCUGCCCUACUCUUUCAAAUGUGACGAUGGCUGCUGUAUUGACAGCUUCCUGGAAUGUGAUGAAACUGCAGAUUGUUCAGAUGGGUCAGACGAGAAGUUAUGUGAUUUGUAUGUGCAAGGGUUCAAUCGAUUACGUAAUAUCAAUGUUACCACCAGCCAAAGUCACUGUGUGGAUAUGCCAGAUACUGGGAGAUGUGACGAUAGCAUACCUCGCUGGUAUUACAACCCGUUUGCUCAGAAAUGCCGUCGCUUCACCUAUGGAGGCUGUGAAGGCAACAAGAAUAAUUUUGAGGAGGAGGAAGUGUGUAUGAAAUCUUGCGAAGGUGUCACAAAGGAAGAUCUGAUUGGCCAGAGAUGGAGCACCUAUGAGGCCCGGCAGGCAGGUUUAAGUUCUUUCGAAACGGCCAUUGCAGUUCUCCUUGCUGUAUGCAUAAUGAUAGUGUUGGCAAUCCUUGGCUACUUUUUCCUGAAGAACAGAAAGACGUACCGGCGACGGCGCCAGCCAGCUACUGCCGCCAACUCCACUCUCUCCUCUGUGCUCUCCACCACCGAGGACACGGAGCACCUCGUCUACAACAGUACUACGAAGCCUAUUUGAUCUGGAAGAGCUGCCCUCCACUUCUGGGAGUGGGACAGUUGCAUUGACUGAUGAUACUUCUGAAACUAAAGCCUGCGGCUGAAGGAUGUCCCUCUUCCUCCAUGCUUCCUUCCUUAGACUGUCCAAUUCCAGCCAUCUUACUGCCCCUAGCGAUUGAUCUGACUAUGUGACAGCUUCUGAGGAAGAGGAAGGACAGUAUCCCCCCCCCCACACUUUUGUAAU